GGCUGGGCCUGGCAGGGCGGGGCCGCAGGGGGCCGAUGCGGGAGGGCUCCUCCGCGCCGCUGGUCUUCAACACACUGGCAAGGCUAGAUCUGCACCGAGCCUCUUUCCUUAGCCUGCUUCUACUUGGCAUUCAGCUGCAUCUGACCCUCGCGGUCCCGCGUGAGUCCCGUCCGGUGUGCGCUGGAGCCCCGAGCCAGAGAGGCCGCUCCUCAUUCCACGUCCAGGAAGUCAAACUGGAGGAAAGAAGGCAAACUCGCGGAGGCGGGGCUCGGUGCCACGGGGCAGCCGAGACUGCCCACGGCCCCCCAACCCCCACCCCGCUUCAGCUCUGGGAUCCGAGUGCCCACCGGCGUCCCUGCACUCUCUUUGCCAGAUGGCAGACCCCCGCCCAGAUCCUGAAUCAGAGCCCGAAUCGGUGUUCCCACGGGAGGUCGGGCUCUUCGCCGACUCUUACUCGGAGAAGAGCCGGUUCUGCUUUUGUGGGCACGAGCUGAGCAUCACAGAGAACUUCGGAUCCCGCCUUGGCGUGGCAGCGCGCGUGUGGGACGCGGCUCUGAGCCUGUGCAACUAUUUCGAGAGUCAAAAUGUGGAUUUCCGAGGCAAGAAAGUGAUCGAACUGGGAGCGGGGACGGGCAUCGUGGGUAUCCUGGCAGCACUGCAGGGGGGGGAUGUUACCAUCACUGACCUGCCCCUGGUCCUAGAACAGAUCCAGGGCAACGUCCAGGCCAAUGUGCCAGCUGGAGGCCGGGCCCAGGUCCGAGCCUUGUCCUGGGGGAUUGACCAGCAUGUCUUCCCUGGAGACUAUGACCUGGUGCUGGGGGCGGAUAUCGUGUAUCUGGAGCCCACCUUCCCACUGCUGCUGGGGACCCUCCGACACCUGUGCGGGCCCCAUGGCACCAUCUAUCUGGCUUCCAAGAUGAGAAAGGAGCACGGGACAGAGAGCUUCUUUCAGCACCUCCUGCCCCAGCAUUUCCAACUGGAGCUGGCCCAGCGGGAUGAGGAUGAGAAUGUCAACAUCUAUAGGGCCAGGCACAGGGGACCAAGACCUGCUUGACGUCACACUUCUGCUCCUCUGAACCCCUUGUUCUAAUGAAGAAACUGCCAAAUCUUCAAAGCCAUAAACAUAAGGACCAAAAACAGAUGGAUUUCCCUUGCCUCUGUCUUUCCUCCUUCCCUCUUUGUUUCUUGAGGUACUCUUGGGCAGGUGCAGGAGGUGCUGUCAGGGAUACUGGGUUAGAGUGCAAAGGAAGUUCCCGGUUCCCAUUCUCAGCAGAGGAAGAUGGAGGGUAUCCAGGACUUUAGGCGAAGGAGAGGUAAGUGGGAUGUGAGAAGAAUGGCUGCAGAGACAGACAUGCUCCCGUCUAGUCCUGCUAUUGUCUUUUUUAUGCAGAAUGGAUUAUUUUUUUAGAUUCCAGUAGAGUUUUUUUUUUUUUUUUUAAAGAGAGAGAAAUGAGCAUUAAAGAUUUCUGCAUCUAAAGGACUCAGACUUUUGCUGGGGUCCUGGGAAGCAAGAAACCUCAGACCACCCACUUCUUGCUUCUAGAGACAGUCUGGUGGUCCCAUGGCUGUAACUGGGUCAAAGUCCUCCCAGCACUGAUGUUGGGGAUAGGCAGCAGAGGUGUCCUUUGGACUGUAGCUCCUUCACUCUUUGCAGAGUUGGAGCCCUGAUCACCAUGUACCAGGUUCUCUUAUUUUUCUUUAGGUUUCCAAGCCCUGUCUGCCCUUCCUUCCUAAUGUGUUUUGCCUUCACUUCUUUUCUCCUCCCACUGUGGGACCUCUGGUUGGGGCUCUCUUUACUUCUCCUUGGGCCACAUAUCACCUCCUCUGGCCUCCUUUCAUUCCCCUUUAAACCAUUUUGUAAACUCUCUUGAGUUUCCAGAAUCAGUUCUGAUUAGCUUCUGCUGCUGCCAAGAGAAGCAAGAGUAAGCUCUUUUGCUCUGUACUCAAUCUAUCCCAUAUGAUCCCAAAUUACCCUUCUACUUCAUUUCCUACUGGUUUCCCACAUGUGUUGCAGCCUCCUACAAAAGGUCUAUUCUUUGUGCCCUAAAUCCACACCAAGAUUUUCUGACUUCUUCCUUCACUCUUUUUGAUGAUUCCUUGCCUGGAAGGGCUGUUUCUGCCUGUGAAAAAUCUUCAUUACGCUUAACCUCGUUCCUGAAAAAAGCUUUUCCUGAGCUUCCUGUUUGAAUAUGAUUCCUUUCUCCCUUGAGACCCUUUAACUGUUCCUCUUGUGGGGCUUACCUUGUCUUGUAUGAUCAUUUGUCUGUUCCCUAUUUUCUCCCCAUUAGAUUACCUUGGAGGGUAGGGCUGUGGUUCCUGGCACACAAUUGGUGUUCAACAAAUAUUUUUGUUCGGGAGUUCCCAUCGUGGCUCAGCAGAAAUGAAUCUGACUAGUAUUCAU